AUGUCUUCCACAGCGAGAAAUAUUUCUGGUGGAAACCGAAAGUCGAGUAGGCUGCAGCGGCGGGCUCCACCGCCUCUAAAGAUAAACCCUUCCGAAGCAAAUUGGAAAGUAGCUAUUCCUCUUCUAUCACCUACGGAGUCGCCGCCGCAGAAGCCACCAACGGUAAUGAAGAGGGAGGAGCAACGGUGGGGAAAAGAGGUGGAGAAGGCGCCGGUUUUCAAGAAGUGGCAGCACCCGGCGGCUCCGUUUUACUACCAGCCAGCACCGUCGUCGAAUCAGCCGUUUGCAUGGCCAAAUUAA